AAAAGUUUCAAACCCCCCUCCCCUGAAUUUUUUUUUUUUUUGGCUACAGCCCUGGCUGGAGUGAUACAUUAACUCCAGGUUGUAAUCCACAUUUUAAGACAGGGGUCCCUAAACUAAGGCCCGCAGGAUGGAUGUGUCACUCCAAGGUCUUUUACUUGGUCCCCGACCUAAAUUUUAGACUUAGGGCCAUCCUAGGUCUGAAACUACUUGAAAGCACACAACAAUCCUAAUUAACUUGACUUCCUCAUCAGCCAAAUUCAGGCCCACACUUCCCAUUGAAAUAGUGAUAAGUUUAUGUUAGUUAGAAUUGUUCUUCAUUUUAAAUAUUACGAGGGCUAUCCAGAAAGUAUAUUACGUUUUGGAAUUAAAAAUUAACGAAGUAUAGGAUAAAAUAUUUAUUAUAUGCGGUUUAAAGCCAUACUUCAAUAAUACCUUUAAACAUAGUACCCAUUCAAAAUUAGGCCCUUUUCAGAACUAUUAAUGAGUUUACAAACUUCCUACCCACUGCCCUGGAAAUAUGCUUAGAAAAGCACUGGGUUUAAGGUAUUGCAAACAGCCUGUGAGCCCCCUCUGGAUGACAUAAGGUUACUACACGCAGCGAGGACAAGCAGCUCCAAGUCUAAAAAAACUCAGGACUGAGAGGUAACACUUGUCAGGGACCUGCCAAUAUGAAGGUUUUAGAGCUUGGCUUCCUCUACCUCCUCCUUGAAGCAAAUGAGGCCAUAAAGUAUGAAAAAUGUGAACUAUAUGACGAACUUAUGAAAUAUGGACUUGACGGUUUUAAUGGACUCGGCAUAGGACACUGGAUAUGCUUGACUUUGUUUGCCACUGGAUAUAACACAAAUCAUUAUGAGUACACAAGGGGUCAUCCGUACUAUGGACUAUUUUAUCUCAGUGGCCUGGAGUGGUGCAACAAUGAGAGGCAUCUCUCAAAGAACCUGUGCAAAAUUCACUGCGAAAAAUUUCUAGAUGAUGAUAUCAGAGAUGACAUUGCAUGUGCAAAGAAAGUUGCUGCCAGCAAGGAUGGAAUGCUGUCUUGGAAACCUUUUCGAGAUUACUGCAGACACCCUAUGCCUGAAGUAGUGUACUGGGAAUGUAAGACAGACUGAAAUAAAGUAGUCAAUGUAAUAUUAUGCUUGGCUAUUCUACCCAAUCAGAAUUGUUUGUGUGACCUGCCAAAUCUCAUCCUGCUUUUUGUUGUUAUUUGUAUUAAGCUGACUUUGAAUUAUACUGAUUCUAUAAACAAGAGGCCUCCAAAUGCACCAGUCAUCAACUGUCCUAGUUAGGUCUUCCAGGCUGCUUAUGAAGAAGGAAAAUGUAUUAAUUGAUGAUAUUUUGAUCUUUGAAAUAAAUCAUUUAAAUAAAUCAUUAAAGCUGCAA